AAAAACACGGCAGAUUUUCUCUCUCUUCUAGAGACGCUUUCGUGAGAGUACACCUCUCUCUGUAGUUCUGCAUCUUCUCCUUCAAAGUUGCGAAUACUACUAUAUAAGGUAAUCGAUUUUUAACCUUAAAUCGUGUUGGUCUGUUGCUUCGAAGCUGCAGAGUAUUGGAUUUUGCUAUGGAAACUAGUCGUGAAAGUAGGUCAGAGAUGAGCAAUGAAGAGGAAACAAAUAUCAAAGAAAGUAUUGAACAAAUUGCGAAAGAAAGGAUGGAUGAUAUAAAUGAUGCACUUGUUUCAGAAGAAGCUCAAGAUUUAGAAUAUGAGAUUCCAUCAGUCGGCAAGAAGUUUGACAAUGACGAACAAGCUUAUGAUUUUUAUAAUUCAUAUGCACGAACACAUGGUUUUAGCAUCCGAAGAGGCCGAUCAGGAAAAACACAAAAAGGUGUUGUAUGGCGAAGAAUAUUUGAAUGCUCAAAAGAAGGUUAUCGAAAAGUGGAUAAAAGGACUCUCAAUUUGAGAAAAAGUCGUCCGGAUAAAAGAACUGGUUGUAAAGCAAGAAUGGUGGUAAAGCGUAUGAAGGAUGGGACAUGGUCGGUUACAGAAAUUGCAUAUGAGCACAAUCAUCCUCUUGCUAAGGUUGGCAUUAUAAAUGACAAUGAUGGUUGCGUUAUUCAAGAGAAGGCAAGCACAAGUUCUCGUUACAGUGAUAUGUGCCACCAAAGUGUUAGCCUUGCAACACAGGCUGCCAAUAGUGAGAAGGCUACCUUAUUUGUGAAAACCUUAUUGAGAGAAGGACAGAAAAAGGUGGAAGAAAUUUUAAAAGAAGAAUCAGGACUACAACCUAAAACAAGUGCCUUAGUCCAUGGUGAUCCAAUGUCCCAACAAGUAAGCGGAAUUCAAGCAAAAAAUGAUGAUGGACCAGGUAGCAGAAUAGUAAGCAUUGUGGAGAAGAAAAGGAAAAGUGAUUCUCAAAGCUCAAAUAACACUCAAGCUAAAAAAGGACAAAAUAGCCAAAGUUUGGAAGGAAGUAAACAAGCAUCUACCCAAGCACAAAGUCAAUUGAAUUUGAUGUCAUGCCCAUUACCUCGUAGUGGUCCUAUACAAUUUCAGCAUUCCUUUUCACCUCUUGCUUCCCACCAUAUCACUAGUUCUCAAGAAAUGUCCAAGGAACCGUUAAAUAUACCUCCUACUGACGCACAGUUGCUACCAUUGGUUAAUAGCAAUAACGUUCAAGUUUUCCAUGCAAAAUUUACAGCCAAGCUGAGCCAGCUGCCUGAACAGUCACAAAAUGGCAAAGCAGCUAAUGAUGAUAUAUCAACUGAGGUAAUGGGAAAGGAUAUCCAUGACCGGGUGCACAAGUAUGGAGUUGGUGUUAGCCCAGGAGACCUUGAGCAGGAGACGAUAAGACGUGCGCAAGCCUUGCGCGAGAAUCAGGAUUUCCGGUCUCAGGUGGCAGCUUGGGAGGAAGAGAAAAAGAAGAAUGAAGAAAAGGACAAGAAGUAUGAAGAAAUGCACAAGAAAAAUGCGGUUGAUAUCGCCAGUCUGCAGUCACAAGUAGCAAUGCUCCAGCAACUCUUACUUGGGAACCGACAAGGCAAUAAUGUUUUGCAAGGCUCAAAUUUGGAUAAUGAUGAGGCACAACACUAGAUGAAGACCUUCUUCUUGGGCGAGCCAUUGAAUUAUCAGUUGCAUUUUUAGGGAUGACAAUAGAAUUUUUCCUUUCGAUAAAAUGAACAUAUGAGAGUUUAGUGGAUUCAAAUGUAACUUUUAUCCAAUAUCCUAGUAUGAAACCAUGUUUUGAACAAUGACCUUCUUUUGACUUACAUC